UUGAUGAUAUCCUGAAAGCUGCCGACAUUAACAACAGUUGAAGCACAGGCGUGGAGGGGUUUGGAGGGGUACGGAACGGAAUAAACAAUUUAUCCGAGUUGCUGCAGGACCCAAAUUCUGUUGUUUACUCUCACGCGCAAAUCAAAAUAUCGAUAUUUACGACUUCACGACCAACGACAUUACGACUCAACGCAGCCAUAAUGAGGGUAGUAGAAGUAAUUAUAGAUGUAAUGCCUUCCUCCUGAAAGCGCCGGACUCCCCAGCUAACUCAUUAAUAGGGUUUCAAAUCGUACGCUGUGCGUACGGUAAUUUCUGGAUGGUAAACAAUGCAAACAGAGAGUCAUUUUACUCCAAUACUUACACCUGAGUUUAGGGACGAGAGCUUCAACUCAAUUACCGGUCUCAAUGGAAGUGGUAAAUCAAAUAUUCUCGACUCGAUAUGUUUUGUUCUUGGAAUUACAAACAUGACCACAGUUCGGGCGCAGAACCUUCAGGUACAUCACAAUCCCUCACAUAAGUGUAAUGUGUAUUGACGGGCCUCUUUAGGAUCUUAUAUACAAGCGCGGGCAGGCUGGGGUGACGAAAGCUAGUGUGACGAUCGUUUUCGACAAUCGAGACAAGAAGAAAUCACCCAUUGGAUUUGAAGAAUAUGCUCAGAUCAGUGUUACUCGACAAAUUGUCCUUGGAGGUACUAGCAAAUAUCUUAUAAAUGGACAUCGAGCACAGCAGCAAACGGUGCAAAACCUUUUCCAGUCCGUUCAGCUUAAUAUCAACAAUCCGAAUUUCUUGAUUAUGCAAGGACGAAUUACAAAAGUGUUGAACAUGAAGGCGCUUGAAAUUCUUGCUAUGAUUGAGGAGGCGGCUGGGACACGAAUGUUCGAGGAUAGGAGAGACAAAGCUUUCAAAACUAUGGCUAAGAAGGAAAUGAAAGUACAAGAGAUUACCGAGUUGUUGAAAGAAGAGAUUGAGCCAAAGUUGGAAAAGCUGCGGACGGAGAAACGGGCAUUCCUAGAUUUUCAACAGACACAGAACGAUUUAGAGAGGCUUACACGAGUGGUAGUCGCACAUGACUACCUGAAGAAUCAAGAAAAGGUUGCGCAAUCAGCCAAUGAUCUUGAGCUCAAGAAACAACGGGCGAUAGACUUGGAGGAAUCGGCGAAUCGAUUGAAAAGCGAAAUAUCAUUUUUGGAAGAAGAUAUCAAACGGGUGAAGGCGCAGAGGGAAAAAGAACUAAAGAAGGGCGGAAAAGCGCAAGCUUUAGAGGAGGAGGUUAAGAAAUAUUCCCAUGAAUUGGUCCGGCUUGCGACAGUCAUGGAUCUCAAGAAAUCGAGUAUGACAGAAGAGCAGGAACGAAAGUUGGCAACUCAAAAGACGGUCUCGGAGAUGGAAUCUUUACUCAAACAGAAGACUAAAGUUUACGAAAAACUCCAAUCCCAAUACGACAAAGCCAAGGAGGAUCUAGAGAAGCAAAAUUCGGAAGCGGAGACGAAAGAGGAGCUUUUACAGACUUUACAAACUGGUGUUGCGUCUAAGGAAGGCCAAGAGAGUGGAUAUCAAGGGCAAUUACAAGAUGCAAGAAAUAGAUUGAGUGCUGCAUCUACCGAGCAAGAACAAGCCAAAUUGAAGAUCAAUCAUCUUGAGAAGCGAAUUAAAGAAGAAGAGCCAAGGGCCAAAAAGGCUAAAGAGCAGAAUGCCGGGCUAUUGAGUGACCUCGAGGGGCUGCGAUCCCAAGCGCAGAAGCUCGAAAAAGAGCUUCAAAAAUUCGGCUUCGAAGCAGGCAAAGAGGAUGACAUGUACAAGCAAGAAUCGACAAUUCAGCAAAAUAUACGAAGAAUCCGAGAACAGUCCGAUGGCUUGAAACGUAAAGUAGCGAAUGUGGAUUUCAAUUACGCAGACCCUACCCCAAAUUUUGAUAGGUCGAAAGUCAAGGGUCUGGUGGCUCAACUCUUUACAAUCGAUCAGCACCACACAACUGCAGGAACGGCUCUUGAAAUCUGUGCUGGUGGUCGAUUAUACAAUGUUGUUGUUGACACAGAAGUAACUGGUACCCAAUUACUUCAAAAUGGAAAAUUGAGGAAGCGAGUCACCAUCAUACCCCUGAACAAGAUUGCCGCCUUUCGAGCUUCAGCAGAAAAGAUUGGUGCUGCACAAAAACUUGCCCCAGGCAAAGUUGAUCUUGCACUCUCUUUGGUAGGUUAUGAUGAAGAAGUUUCGACUGCUAUGGAUUACGUUUUCGGAAAUACGCUGAUAUGCGCCGAUGCCGCUACAGCCAAGCGUGUAACAUUUGAUCCUUCUGUUCGUAUGAAGAGCAUCACCUUGGAAGGUGACUCUUAUGAUCCUUCUGGUACACUAUCUGGAGGUAGUUCUCCCAACUCAAGCGGAGUUCUAGUCACUAUGCAGAAGUUGAAUGAACUUAAUAAGGAACUGAAAUCACAAGAGAUGGAGCUCGCAGACCUUCAGGCCACUAUUGCCAAAGAGAAGAAGAAAAUGGACCAAGCACGAAAGAUCAAACAAGAAUUAGAUCUUAAAUCUCACGAGGUCAAGCUCACGGAAGAGCAAAUUGGAGGUAACUCGUCGUCAUCCAUUAUCCAGGAAAUCGAAAAUAUGAAGGCUAGCAUUGUUCAACUCAAGCAAGAUAUAGUCGAGGCAAAGAAACGACAGGAUGAAGCUAGUCAAGAUAUCAAACGUAUUGAGAAAGAUAUGAAAGAAUUUGACAAUAAUAAAGAUGGCAAGCUCGUUGAAUUGCAGAGCUCUCUUGAUUCCCUGAGAAAAGCACUUACCAAAAGCUCGACGGCUGUCAGGGCACUACACAAAGAACUACAAAGUGCGCAGAUGGACUCGGAACAGGUCGGUGGUGAUCUCUCAAAUGCUCAAGAACAGCUUCAAGAAGUGGAGCAAACCUUAAAAGCCCAGGAAGAGGAGAUUGAAACUCUAGUUUCCGAGCAAGCCCGGGUCAAGGUCAGUAAUCAUCUCAUAGGCACAUGUACAAAACUAAUUUUGCCGUAGGAUUCGCAUGACAUAUCACAGGCACAUCUCGACGAUGAACGAGCUAAAUUGACAGGAUUCGAUGAUGAAUUGCAUUCUCUUGAGCAAGCAUCACGAUCAAAAGCUUCUCGCAUCACUGAAGAAGGUCUAGAAAUGCAAAAGCUAGGUCAUCAGAUUGAGAAAUUUCACAAGGAGCAGCAAGCGGCCGUUCAAACAGUCUCGCAUAUGGAGAAAGAGCACGAAUGGAUUGCUGAUGAGAAAGACAACUUUGGUCGAAGUGGAACACCUUAUGAUUUCAAGGGCCAAAACAUUGCAGAAUGUAAAUCGACUUUGAGGAAUCUAACCGAACGCUUCCAGGGAAUGAAGAAAAAGAUCAACCCUAAGGUUAUGAACAUGAUUGAUAGUGUCGAGAAGAAGGAAGUAGCACUCAAGAAUAUGAUGAAAACUGUCAUCAGGGACAAGAAGAAGAUUGAGGAAACCAUUGGCAGUCUCGAUGAGUAUAAGAAAAAGGCUUUACAAGAGACAUGGCAAAAGGUUAACAAGAACUUCGGUCAGAUCUUUGCCGAGUUAUUACCUGGCAGUUUUGCAAAGUUAGAUCCUCCUGAGGGAAAGACUAUAGCCGAUGGAUUAGAGGUUAAGGUGUCUUUGGGCAAAGUGUGGAAACAGAGUUUGACAGAAUUAAGUGGUGGGCAAAGGUAUGGGUAUCUUCACAUUUUGCUACUUCCACGUUUACUAACAAAUCAAUUACUAGAUCGCUCAUUGCACUUUCACUCAUUAUGGCGCUAUUACAAUUCAACCCAGCACCGAUCUACAUCCUGGAUGAAGUGGAUGCCGCUCUCGAUCUAUCACACACGCAAAAUAUUGGUCGUUUGAUCAAAACUCGUUUCCAUGGUAGUCAAUUCAUUGUUGUCAGUUUGAAAGAUGGCAUGUUCCAAAACGCCAAUCGGAUCUUCCGAACUAGAUUUAGUGAGGGCACUUCGGUGGUACAAAGUUUGACGGCGGCAGAUUUCAAUUGAUUCGCUUUGUGUUUGGUUGGAGUGAAUGAUUAUAUGGGCAGGUGGUUUGAUUGUUUGUUUCCUGUUGGAUGGAUGAAUGGAUGAAUGAAUGGAUGAAGGCGUUGGUGUUGCAGACGAGGCGUAUUUGGGGUUGGGGGCUUUGGAUUAGGCGGCAUCAUUUGGCUGAUGGAAUGGAGUAGGAAAGGAAAAGGAAAUCUUGAAGUAAUGACUGGAUGAAUGAGUAUGAAUCUACAGAUAUAAAUUUUGUGUAGAUAUAUUUUGGAAUGAUGAUGUUUAGGAUGUAUGAUUACGAAAA